AUGCCACUAGAAAACGAAAAUGGGGGGCACUACUCGAUGAACAUGACUGCUAGUCCGGAGGCAAACAUCUUCCAAGACUUCCAGCAAUUCACCAACAGGUUCAGUGCCGACGAAUGGACUGAACACCUCCAAACACCCGUCAUGAACUCUAGAGACCCCACUAUAGGACAUGGGGUCUUGGACCAGAUAUACGAUAGUUCGAACCCUUACCCCCAGAAUAUGGGGUUAGACCCUUCCGAUGAUACCGAGUUUGAAACCUCUACAACCAGAGAACACCAGUUGAGUCUCGAAGACGAGCUCCUCCUCACCCUGAGAAAUGAGAGGAGCAAGACAUAG